AUGAGUCGAGCCGAUUGGAAAGGACUCGGUCGUCGACGAUUCGAGCCGCUCUGCGCUGGAUGCGGUCAAGUGGAAGGAGCUGGCACUGGGGAGCCCCAGCCCAGAGAUAGGAACAGUAUUCCACGUAAGACCGAACCUGCGCCUUAUGAAGAAAGAUUCCACGAUGAAAUACAGUUCGAAUCCCGCACGCACGCACGCUCAACAACUCAAUGCAAAGCCACUGCGCCACCGACCCGUCAUAUAAUUAAUUUGAUUGUACAACAAUCUGAAGCUUUAAUAAAGAUAAAAAAGUUGAUGUAUUUAGUGUAG